ACCUCACUUUCAAACUUUUGACCAAAAGCCUCCCAAUACUUUCCACGACUUAUUAUAUAUAUUUUAUUCAUCCGUGGAUCAAAAAUUAAAAUUUCAAAUUCCCAAAAAAUUUUAGCUCAAAAUUUUGCAGAAGAAGCCAUGGCUUCGCCGGCAGACAACAGCGGAGGAGAAGACAUUGAGCACGGUGGUGGAGUGGCAGUGGAGAUGACCGCAACCGCCGCAACAGAAUCAUUAUCACCUUCUUCUUCUCCUAUGGAGGACGCGAUUUCAAUUUCCGAUGAACAUAUUACUCCAUUGUUGAAUCAAUCACAAAGACCUAGAGUCAACAUCUUCUCCGUUUCUCACUCCAGAAGAAGGCCUGUUAAGGAGCAAAUAACAAGAUUGGCUGAAACAGAGACAUCACCAUUCGUGCAGUUUACCGUUUGGAUAUGGGAUGGUUCUAGGUACUCUGGUAUGCUAUGCAUGGCCUUAUCAUCUAUUAUCUACUGUAUCAUGGAAGUUCUUUCAGAUGUUUUCACUGCUCAAUCAAUUCCUCUUUUUGAGAUGGCAUUUACCAGAUGUACAGUUAUUUUGAUUUUGUCGUUUGUAUGGUUGAAAAGAAGCAGACAGCCAAUAUUUGGUACAUCAAGUGUCAGAAAACUAUUGGUUCUAAGUGCAUUCAUGGGAUACCUGUCAUUGUUGAGUUUUAUUUAUUGCAUUCAAAGAGUACCUCUUUCUCAGGCAAUCAUGUUGAACUUUACUACUCCAAUUGUGGCUGCAGUUGCUGCAAGAGUCAUAUUGCAUGAGAAGUUAAAAAUUGCAGAAAUAGGAGGUCUUGCUUGCAGUUUCUUUGGCGUACUUUUUAUCUUCCGGCCAGUGCUCAACAUACAAGGCUCAACUGAAGCUGGAGAAGCAAAUAUUUCUUAUGUCAAGGGAAGUAAUCAUUUAUAUGCAGUUCUAGUUGGUUUAGUUUCAUCAACAGUUGGCGGAGUUAGCUACUGCUUUAUAAGGGCUGGAGCUAAGGCAGCUGAUCAACCUUUACUCACUGUCUUUGCAUUUGGCUUAUUUGCCACUCCUGCUGCAGCAAUAUGUGCAUUCAUCUUUGAAGGUUUUGUGCUUCCUGGUUUUUAUACUCUUCUUCUGAUGGUGAUACUUGGUUCAUUAGCUUUCUUGGCAGAGAUAACUGUAGCACGUGCACUUCAGCUUGAGAAAACCAGCAAAGUUGUGAAUAUUCUGUAUCUUCAGGCUGCUUCAACUCAAUUGCUUGGAAUGAGCUUAUCUAGAAUAGUUCCAACAUUUGGUAGACUAGUUGGCUGUACACUUAUCUUGAUUUCAGCAUGUUGUACUAUGUACGUUGGACCCGAAAAAGAGGUUGAUUGAAACAUUUUGUUGUUGAACUCAAUCUGUCGAGGAUAUAUUCACCCCAAUUCGGUGCAGAAAAGACUCUUUUGUGCUUGCCUUCAUGCCAAAAGGGUUUCAAUACCACCUGUGACUUUACAGCUCCUACCUGCGUAUCAGCGACAGCUUUAUUGUGCAAAAUAGAGAUGACAAGGAUAUCAAUAUAGACUGUACUAUAGAAUUUGUGACCAUCUUGUAUUUUUUUUACUCUGGGGGGAGUUUUGCAGGCAACAGCUUAACAACGUGCUAAUUUUGCUGCUUGCUCAUUUUUGCAUCUUCUUGUCCUAAUUCAAAACGAUUUUUUAA